GAGACGCGCCCUAAACGGAUUCUCCGGUACACAUUAGUUCGUGGCUUGAUUGGUUGUCGGGUCGCGUCUCAGAGCCGGUUUCAGCACUACAGUGAAUGGGAACAGCUCUCAUCUGGCUUGUCUCAGCUUCCUGGCAGCCCGGAGAUCCGCGCGCGCGUUAACCAGAGUGAAUCUGCGUGCAAGUCGGACCGCAUGCUGGAGCCUGAGCUCGUCACGGAGUCACUCGCGGCCGCCGAAGCUCGCAGCACCGUGCGCCGGCUCUGACGCGUGAUGGCGGAGUGCGGGCGGAGGGCGCUGUCGCUGCUCGAGGCGGCCCGCUCGCGCUACGAGAGCCUGCAGAUUUCGGACGACGUGUUCGGCGAGUCGGGAGACGACAGCAGCGAGAACCCGUUUUACAGCACCACAGGGGACUCGAACUCGGACAGCUGUGCGGAGGCGAGCGACAGAGCCAGCGGUGCAGGGGCCGGCGGAGGCGCGCGCGCUCCUCAAGGCUCGGCCUGUACUGGAGCUGCGGAGCUGAAGGAGGGAGAGGAGGAGGACGGAUGGAACGAUGCCCUACAGGACACCGACACCCCCCACUAUAAAGACACUCACGGUCCCACACAGAAAAUGCCAGCCACUGCCACAGCCAUGGAUUUCUUCCAGCUCUUUGUACCUGAUAAUGUUAUUCAGAACAUGGUGACUCAGACCAACAUGUAUGCUAAGAAGUACCAGGAACGCUUUGGCAGUGAUGAAGGCUGGACCAACGUGACGCCGGCUGAGAUGAAAGCCUUCCUAGGCUUUGUGAUCUCCACCAGUGUGCACCACUGCGAAUCCGUCCUGAGCAUCUGGAGCAGCGGCUUCUUCAGCAACCGCAGCAUAGCACUCAAAAUGAGCCAAGCACGCUUCGAGAAGAUCCUUAAGUACUUCCAUAUUGUGGCCUUCCGUUCAAGCCAAGGUGGUAACCAGGGCCUUUACAAGAUCCAGCCCUUCCUGGAUUCACUGCAGCAGAGCUUCAGCUGUACCUUCCGGCCCUCGCAAACACAGGUGCUGCAUGAGCCCCUGAUCGAUGAGGACCCUGUGUUCAUCACCACAUGUACAGAGAGGGAGCUGCGCAAGAGGAAGAAGAGGAAGUUCAGCCUGUGGGUGCGACAGUGCAGUUCCACUGGCUUCAUCUGUCAGAUUUAUGUACAUCUGAAGGAGGGCUCUGGUCCAGACGGACUCGACACACUGAAAAACAAACCGCAGCUCCACAGCCUGGUGGCCAGGCAGCUCUGCCAAAAUCUGUCUGGACGCAACGCCAUCAUUUUCACGGGCCCCAGCAUCACCAGUCUCAGCCUGUUCCAGGAGUUUGAGAAUCAGGAUAUCUACUGCUGUGGGCUGCUAAGCACCAGGAAGAGUGACUGCACCGGUCUGCCUGCGUCCAUGCUGCGUAACCCUGAGGGCCCUCAGCAGCGCGGCCAUUCCCACAUCAAGAUGAAGGGCAACAUGUCGCUCAUCAGCUGGUACAACAAGGGCAACUUCCGAUUCCUUUCCAACGCUUAUUCACCCAUCAAGCAAGGUGUGAUCAUUAAGAGGAAGAGCGGAGAAAUCCCAUGUCCUCUGGCUGUAGAAGCUUUCGCCGCACAUCUGAGCUACAUCUGCAAAUAUGACGACAAGUACAGCAAGUACUUCAUUUUUCACAAACCUAACAAGACGUGGCAGCAGGUCUUCUGGCUCACCAUCAGUAUCGCCAUCAACAACGCCUACAUCCUGUACAAGAUGUCAGACGCCUAUCACGUCAAACGCUACAGUCGUGCCCAGUUCGGCGAGAGGCUCAUCAAGGAGCUACUGGACUUGGAUGACUGCUCACCUACAGAGUGAAGUGACCGCAUGCUGUCCAACACACACACACAUGCAUCCAUCCACUCACUCCCACACACACACCCAAUCAGGCAUAGACAGUGACAGCCAUCCCAGGGCUGUUCGGAUCACGAUAAUGACGUUUCCACACCUUUUAUCUGUGACGAAUCAAAGCUGUGCCAAGUGUAUUGAAAGAAAAAAAAAAAUCAGCAGUCCUCACAGUCUCUCCAUGAUCAGCCUCCGUCAUCCUGUACGCCACAGGACCCUGUAUAUAAGUCAUCUGACUGUCUGUGUGUCCUCCUGCUGCAUGAUGACCGUGAGUGUACGACCCUGUAAAUGUGUAAUGAUUUUUAUGACAGUGUUUAUGUAGUUUGAACCCUGUGGUAAACCGUUUUGUGGAUUUGCUCCUGUGUGUCGCAAGAACAACAUGCAGCACUGAUUAAUAAUAAUAAUAAUAAUAAAUAUACACAGCGAUGAACAUUCCUAUCCCUAAGUGGAAAUAAAGAAUGUAGUGUCCUAUA